CGUUUAAACUUCCUAGGAAAAGCAACCUUCAUUAUUAUCGCAUAUUCCUACAACACACCCAACCAUAUUAAAACACACAACCAUUUCAGAACCGUAGGUUAAUAAAUUUCAAUAAUGUACUAACCGUUGGAUUAGUUUCAAUUCAGUUUGAGUUAUUUCUCUGAUCAUUUUUUUCUUGAAUAAACCACCUUAUCCCACCACCCACACCCAUUUAAGAAUUCCGAUUUCAUUAAAACACGGAAACGUAAAUUAUAUAAGCAAUUUCAUUUUCUUAGCUCGAUUUUUUUUAGGUCUGAUCGAAUGGAGAGAUUUGACCCGUCAUCAAUGGUGGCAAGGGCAAGAUUAGGUGUUUUAUCAGCUCAUUUGAUUACUGAAACAACAGCACAAUUUCAACAACACUCUCUUGAAACAUCAUGUGUUUCAUCACAACAAAUGGUUCCACCUCCUGGGGAUUUGAAAGGUUCAUUAACAAUCAUUGACGAACGAACUGGUAAGAAAUAUCAAGUUCAGGUUUCUGAAGAUGGGACUAUCAAAGCUACAGAUUUGAAGAAGGUAACGACUGGGAGGUUUGACAAAGGGCUUAAACUCUAUGAUCCGGGAUAUCUUAACACGGCACCGGUCAGGUCUUCGAUUUGUUAUAUUGAUGGAGAUGAGGGGAUUCUUAGAUACAGAGGCUACCCAAUUGAAGAAUUGGCUGAGAAUAGUUCGUUUCUGGAAGUUGCAUAUCUCUUAAUGUACGGAAAUUUGCCAGCUCGAAACCAAUUGGCAGAUUGGGAAUUUGCAGUUUCUCAACAUUCAGCCGUUCCUCAGGGAAUUCUGGAUAUCAUACAGGCAAUGCCUCAUGAUGCACACCCAAUGGGAGUGUUAUGUAGUGCAAUGAGCGCUCUGUCUGUCUUCCACCCUGAUGCAAAUCCUGCUCUUACGGGUCAAGAUCUCUACAAUUCGAAACAAGUGAGGGAUAAGCAAAUCGCACGUAUACUUGGAAAGGCACCGACUAUUGCUGCCGCAGCUUAUUUAAGGAUGGCCGGUAGGCCACCUGUUCUUCCUUCCAGUAAUCUCUCUUAUUCGGAGAACUUCUUAUACAUGCUGGACUCAUUAGGCAACAGGGCCUACAAGCCCAAUCCUCGCCUAGCUCGUGUUAUAGAUGUUCUCUUCAUACUCCAUGCAGAACAUGAAAUGAAUUGCUCCACUGCUGCUGCCCGGCAUCUUGCAUCUAGUGGCGUGGAUGUUUACACAGCUCUAGCUGGUGCUGUUGGAGCUUUGUAUGGCCCUCUUCAUGGCGGAGCAAAUGAGGCGGUUCUUAAGAUGUUAAAUGAGAUUGGAACAGUCGAGAACAUCCCCAGCUUCAUUGAAGAUGUGAAAAGCAGGAAGCGCAAGAUGUCAGGGUUUGGUCAUCGUGUGUACAAGAACUAUGACCCUCGUGCUAAAGUCAUAAGAACACUGGCAGAGGAAGUCUUUUCUAUUGUUGGAAGAGAUCCGCUCAUUGAGGUAGCUGUAGCAUUGGAAAAAGCUGCACUUUCAGAUGAAUAUUUUGUUACGAGGAAACUUUAUCCAAAUGUGGAUUUCUACUCGGGUUUAAUUUACAGAGCUAUGGGAUUUCCAACGGAGUUCUUUCCUGUACUGUUUGCAAUCCCUCGCAUGGCCGGGUACUUAUCCCACUGGCGGGAGUCUCUAGAUGACCCUGAUACGAAGAUCAUGAGACCAGCACAGGUUUAUACCGGAGUGUGGCUUCGACAUUAUACGCCCGUGAAGGAACGAUUAGUGACCAGUGAAGCCGACAAGCUGGGUCAAGUAUCUGUUUCAAAUGCAACAAGACGUCGCCUAGCUGGUGCUGGAGUUUGAUUCGAGUUUAAGAAACGAAAUAGGCGACGAAAAUAAAAUAUCCAACUGUACCUUUUACCUAUAACAGAAAACAAAUAAUGUCUUCAUUUGUAUUUUAUAUUUCCUUGUAACAAUAAGUUUCCCCAAGCCUGAUGUGAAAAAUCAUUGUUUGGCAAGGACAUGAUAAGCUUUAAAACGCCAACAGCCAGUUUCACGGCUCAUCUAUAAAUGUCACCCUCAGUUGAUUUUUA